AUGGCCAAUGCCACGUCGAAUUUCAAUUAUGGUUCUUUCCGGGGGGAUUCUGGGCAGAAUUCAGCCAUCAACCCUGCUACUGCCUCUGGUCAGAGAGAACCGAUAAGGUCAUACGUCCACCAUUCGUACCAUGGAGCUUUAGCACCUGUCGAUAGCACACAGCAUGCUCGAAAUGUCAGAGAAGAUACGGCAGAGCUAGCUUCCUACGCCCUCUCAGACAAAACAUCCGUACGGAGUACUUCGCCGCCAGCUCGCCAACGUCCUACCCAACUUGAAUCCUACUUCAAUCAAGGGUCCGAAAGUGAGACAACGUCGAAUCGAGAUGCUGAAGACAUCCGCACCGAAGUCAUACAGGAGGUAUCAGAGCCAGUCACGCCAGAGAGUGGGCCAUCUCCUGGUACUUCAAUCCUGUCAGACAUGCUGAGGCACGAACCUCCGAAUAGACCAUCACCAAGCGAAGACGACGGCCGUCGUGACAGGAACUCGCAUCACACGGACGACGAUGUGGAGCAGGAACGUCUGAUCAUAACGCCAAACGGUGUUAGAGUAGACGCUACAGAGCGAACACCUUUAAUAUCGAAGGAUUCAGCUUUUGAGAGUCAUCAUCCUGACUGGAUCGGAGGGCAUCAUGACAUUGAAGGUCAAGAUAUCAGGAGGGAACCUUCGUGGUUAAAGUUCCGCAAGAUUAUCUUAUGGCCGCAGGAAAAAGGGGUCGACUUUGCUCGGACGGUUUUGAAUCCGAAAAGAUGGAAUCGGCAAGCUAUCUGGCGGGAUGCCGUUGUGGCCCCUGUUUCUUGUCUUCCUGCAGUUAUCCUCGGUCUUUUGCUCAAUAUUUUGGAUGCUCUGUCAUAUGGUAUGAUAUUGUUUCCUCUUGGACAACCAAUAUUUGAAAAGCUUGGCCCAGCCGGUAUCUCGAUGUUUUAUGUUAGCACUAUCGUCGCCCAAUUAGUGUAUUCUUGCGGGGGUAGUAUCUUUAAAGGGGGAAUUGGUUCAGAAAUGAUUGAAGUUGUCCCUUUCUUUCACAAGAUGGCAUUCAUGAUAAUGGCUAAAGUGGGAGAGGAUAAUCCACAAGCUGUCAUUGCUACAACGAUUACCUCUUACGCUAUUAGCUCUGUUCUCACUGGUUUCAUUUUCUUCUUAAUGGGGUCUUGUGGCUUUGGGUAUAUCGUCGGUUUCAUCCCCAGACAUAUACUCAUUGGUUGUAUUGGGGGAGUCGGCUGGUUCUUAAUCGCCACAGGCUUUGAAGUAACCGCCCGACUAGAUGGCAACUUGAAUUACGAUGUGGCUACACUGCAAAAAUUGCUUGAGCCGAAUACCUUGAUCUUAUGGGUUAUUCCAUUGGUUCUUGCUGUCUUCCUUUACUGGUCCCAAUCGAAGAUCACCUCGAAGUAUUAUCUCCCAGCAUAUAUCUUGACAAUCCCGGCGGUCUUCUACUUCUUCGUGCUCUCGCUCGAUGAAUUAGACACGGAAAACCUGCGGAAGACUGGAUGGGUUUUCAAGGGCCCAGAGGUUGGUGAGCCAUGGUGGUAUUUCUAUACCUUAUACGAUUUUAAACUCGUACACUGGGGCGCCGUAGCGGAAACCAUCCCGGCCAUGUUUGCAUUGACCUUCUUUGGUGUACUGCAUGUCCCUAUCAAUGUCCCUGCACUUGCUUUCAGUAUGAAGGAAGACAACUUGGAUUUGGACAGAGAGCUUAUUGCUCACGGCAUUUCCAAUGCCCUGUCAGGGUUUGCGGGCAGCAUCCAGAAUUACCUAGUGUACUCCAACAGUGUCCUCUUUCUGAAGGCGGGUGGCGGUAGCCGGCUGGCUGGAAUUAUGCUUGCCCUACUCACUAUGGGGGUUUUGUUUCUGGGUCCCGCCGUCAUAGGAUUUAUUCCAGUCAUGAUGGUUGGAACCUUGAUUUUUCUGCUUGGGUUCGAAUUAUGUCUAGAGGCUAUUUGGGAUACGAGGAAAAAGCUCAAGGCCCUUGAGUAUCUGACUGUGGUCGCAAUCGUGCUCGUCAUGGGCACUUAUGAUUUCGUGGUCGGGAUCUUCGUAGGCAUUGGCCUGGCGUUUGUAUCACUCGUGGUCCAGACGUCGCGAAUCUCAGCAGUGCGCGCUUCCUAUUCUGGCGAAGUCGCUGGCUCGACAGUUCGGAGAAAUCCCAUCCAGUAUCGCUAUCUUCGGAACGUUGGGACACAGAUCCACGUCACGAAGCUAGCCGGCUAUCUCUUCUUCGGCACGAUAGUGAGCGUGGAAACGCGUAUCCGUGCUCUGAUUGAGGAUAAAGCUUUCAAUGAGCGGCCUAUUCGCUUCUUGAUCUUUGACCUCUGGCACGUCACAGGCAUCGAUUACUCGGCUGCGGAGGCAUUCAGCCGCCUGAACAGAGUUUUUAGUCGAAAGGGUGUUAUCCUGGUCAUGAGCGGCGUCGAUCCAGAGGGCCCAUUAGGCAUGAGUCUCCGCGCAGUUGGUCUUGGCCGAGACGAUGAUAGCAAUGAAGUCAGGAUGUUUGCGGAUCUCAAUUCAGCAUUGGAGAGCUGUGAGAACGAUCUUUUGAGAUCUUUCUAUGCGAGUAAAGAAGAACGAAUCGGCCGCAACCCUCCUGCCGACCAUCUCGAUGUUCCAGGUCGAGGUCGGUCGCGUUCGCACACGAUUGAUACCCAAUUCAGCUCACCACGGCGCAACCAGCUUCUUCAAGCUGCGGCCACAACCCUCGAUGAGAAUCCUAUGGAGUCACGCUACCAGAAUUUCAAGCAGCCUCUACGUCUCAUCCUCCAGACAUUCCAAGGUCUGACAGACAAGAACGAGGACUUCUGGUUUCGUGCCGUCCCAUAUUUCGUCAAGAAGCAAUAUCUCGCCGGGACAAUUCUAUACCGUCGUGGCGAAGCAGCCAAAGGAUUCUACCUCCUCGAGGACGGUAUACUUCGAGCUGAUUACGACCUACCACAAGGCCGUUACUUUGAGAGCAUAGUUGCGGGAACAACCUGUGGGGAACUUCCCUUCUUCUCUGAAACGGACCGCACCGCAACAGUGCAAGCGGAGCGCGACUGCGUAGCGUGGCUGUUGGAUCGCGGAAACUGGGAGAGGCUCCAGGAGGAAGAACCAGAUGUGGCGCAAGAACUUCUUCGGAUCUCUCUCAAGCUUACGAGCGAAAGAAUGAGUGCAAUUACAUCGUAUGUAUUGACAACUGUGGGAUAG